AUGAGGAAUACCACCUUUGAUGACGGCUACGUGGAGGACAGCGAGGGCGAAGGCGAGAUGAUGAUUGACCACCCGGUCGCACGUAACCGCGCAGGUGGUUUGCCUCCUCCUCCGCCACUACCACUUCCCGAACGGAUUGCGGACACCACAGUCUCGUCUAUACAAACCCCCAACUUCACGACUCUGCCGCCCGGCCCGAACGACCCACCUGAACCGUUACCCAAAGGCACUCGCAACACUAUAGACUCCACUAUCCAAUCUCCGAAUUUCACAAUGCAUCGCUCAGCCGUCCCUGACAUCUCUUCCUUCUCACCGGCUGGCGCGGCCAACUCCAGCAUACAGACAGCUCAAUCAGCAAGCACCUCCGCUGGAAGCUCUAUCUCAACCUCUAUCUCGGCUCCGUCAGCUCCCAAGGGCAAACCCAAACCACGACCUGUCGUAAAGAAGAAGGACCCCGCAGCAGCAGCAGACACGUCUAUCUCCAUCGGAGCUACUUCAAGUGCUGUUGCAUCGUCAGCCCAUGUCUUUUCAUCUCUUUCUAGUGCGAUGCCGCCGCCACUCCCUCCCGCGCAAAUGAGCAUGACACCCGCUUUUACCGCUACGACUGUUCUAACCACCCAGCGCGUCUCAGAUAGCGGCGUAGAGAUGAUGGACGUCGAGAUGAUGGAUAUCGCGGAACGCGCGAAGCUGCGAUCUCGAGGACGGUCGCAGGCGAAAGCCAAGCAGGUUGCAGUCUACGACGAUGUGAUCGAGCUUUCGUCGUCAGAAGACGAGCUGUCUCUGCCCAAGCCAAAGCCGAAGCCAAGGGCCAAGAAAGCAGCGGCGUCCAAGGAAGGAAGCUCGGAGAAGAGCAGGUCGAAGGGCAAGCCCAGAGAUCCGUCGAAGCCGUCUCCGUCCAAACGCCCCAAGACGACCGAUGCACUCGACGGCUUCGAGUCCGACGUCAACACCAUCCCUGUACCCACUUCUGAUUUCCCCUUCCCGCCUCACGCCCAGCCACUACCACCGCAUAUACUGCACCUGACUUCUCAGUUGCCACCCUCCGACCCCCCGCCCCCUCCCUCGACAUCAGGCUCAUCCGCGCCUCGGACGUCACAAGGCGUAAAAUCGAACCCCGUCUCAGAUAAAGAUCGUGACGAGUCCCCCCUCUCGUCCCCGCCUCCGCCCAUGCCCCGCAAGCGGAAGCGGCCGCCGCCCGGGCCGCACCCUGGGCUGGACGACAACGACGACUCCUACAUGGGCGCGGACGAAGACAGCGUCCUGGCCGGGGCGGGCAACUUGGUGCCCGUGGUCGAGAUCACGAGCGCCCCGAACAAGACGAAGAGCAGGGAGCGAGGCCCCGCCCCCGCGCCACGCGAGCUGUCUCCCGGCGUCGUCCCCGAGACGCAGCUGCCAGAGCCGCCGGCGAAGGCGAAGGCGGCGGCGAAGAAGAAGCGCAAGCACGCGGAUGAGGCUGAGUGGGAUGCUGGCCUCGACGCGGAGCUGGUAGAGCGUGCGGCGGCGAACGGCAAGAAGCGGUCGCGCGCGGACGAGGAGGACGAGGAGGAGUAUGGGGUUGGGUCGUCUUCGAGGACAAAGGCGAAGGCUAAGAAGGCACCCAAGAAGGCCACCGCUAAGGAGAAGGCUCCGCCAAAGGAGAAGGCGCCGAGGGGCAAGAAGGGCAAGGCGCCGAGCAGCAAGGAGGUCGUUGGGGGCUCCGACGGGGAAGAGGAGCUCGGUGCGGGGAAGAGCAAGGACCGGGGCCAAGAACGGGCGAUGAUGCCGCCUCCCCCAGUGCCCGACUCGGCGUCGAAGCGCAAGGGGAAGGACGUGCCUUCUUCGAGCAAGGAGACGUCGGAUGCUCCCGAGGCACCUCUGGAUACUCCCGCGCCGAAGAAGGGCAAGGGAAAGCAGCGCGCCGUCGUCCUCUCCGAUGACGACGACGACGACGACGCAUCGCACGCCGCCGAUAUCUCGUCGAACAAGGCCAGCCUGGACAUCGACUCGCCUCAGCCUGCGCCCUCGAAGAAGCGCGGCCGGAAGUCCAGCGGAGGCGAGCAGGGCUCGAAGGAGAACGACGCCCCCGAACCCCCACGCGCCCCUCCCCUCCCCGUCGCCGCCUCCCCACCUGUUCCCCAGGCGCAGGCGCAGGCGUCCGCACCCGGGAGACCGGUAGCGACGACGCCGCAGCCCGCACGGCCGAGCUUCGCGCACGCGAACCGCACAUACACGAUCCCCGCGCGGAAGUCGACGCCGAUGUCCGAGCUCAUCCGGCGCGUCUCGGCGCAGCCCGGCUCGCCGUUCCCCGCGAGCGCGCGCGCGACGUACUCGCCGCUGGCGAAGGCGUCGAAGAGCGCGCUCCGGCGCAUCGCGCCGCUGCAUCCGAACCGGCGGACGCCGCCCCCGCCGCCCCCGCCACCCCCGAGACCGCCCGCGCCGAAGAAGAGCAAGAAGAUGCUGGAGCUCGAGGAGAAGUGGGAGAUGGAGCUCGAGGACACCGUCGAGGGGUGGUAUGCGAUGCCGGAGGAGGAGCGGGCGGCGCUGAGGCGGGCCAAGAGGGACCGCGAGCUCGGAUACGAGGAUUGAGUACCGAGUCCUCAUGCCUCAGGCCUGGGCAGCUGGAUUUGGGGGGAAAGGGCCGCGGCCUGGUCCUUCUCCGGAGGUUUCGGUAGUUUUUUUUUUUCGCAUUCUGCGCUGCGGGGAUACCCUGCGUCGUAACUCUGUAUCGUUUGUAUUGCUGAACGCUGUAUUCGUAGGACAACAAACGCAUUUGAC